GUGACCGAGACCUCAGAGAGUCAACAGACCAACGUUUAUCAGCCAGAGUCCACAGACUCUUUUCUGAUGAUUAUUAGUUUAAAAUAAGACUUUUAUUAUUACUUCCUCCUAAAUAUCUGAUUAUAUUGGGAAUUUAGAAACUCAAACUGGUAAAACAUGAACAUAAUUUAUUAGAAUAAAGACUUUAUUGAUCCCAGAGAGGAAAUUCAGAGCAGGACAAGUUAAAAUAAAAAGAUUAUAUUAAAGUACAAACAAGAUUUACAGUGAAAUAAAUUUAUUCUCACUAUGAUUAUUUUCUUGUGUUUAAUUCCAACAUCCACAAACGUAUGUGUUUAUUUAGUUUAUUGUGGAUUGGUUUGAAUAAUCAUUUCCUGUAGUGUCUUAGUUUCUGAUCCGAGUGUUUUUGGGGUGGAUUUCCUCUCUGGUCCAAUCAGAGUCGUAGUUCUGUCUGAUAAACGUCCUCGGCUCCAACCAACCAGCAGAGUCCUGCUCUGAUCCAGGUCCCGACAUGUUCAGGCUCCUGUUUCUGCUGUUUCUGGUGUGGACCAGCUCGGCACUGGUCAGGGUCCCUCUCACGCGGGUGCGUUCGAUUCGCACCAGGCUGCGAGCCGACGGCCUCCUCGAGGAGUUCCUGAAGGUGCACCGCCCCGACAUGUUCAACCGCCGCUACGCUCAGUGUUUCCCGCCCGGAACCCCGUCACUGAGGCUGGGACGCGCCAACGAGAAGAUUUACAACUUCAUGGACGCUCAGUAUUAUGGUGAAAUCGGUUUGGGGACCCCGGAGCAGAACUUCUCGGUGGUUUUUGACACCGGCUCGGCCGACCUCUGGGUGCCGUCGUCCUACUGCGUCAGCGAGGCCUGUGCUCUUCACAAGCGUUUCAAGGCAUUUGAGUCGAGCUCGUUCCAUCACGAUGGACGGAUGUUUGGGAUUCACUAUGGAUCAGGACACCUGCUGGGAGUCAUGGCCAGAGACACAUUAAAAAUCGGGGGUCUGACCACCCUGAACCAAGAGUUCGGGGAGUCCGUGUACGAACCCGGCGCCGCGUUCGUCAUGGCGAAGUUCGACGGCGUUCUGGGAAUGGGAUACCGAUCCCUGGCCGAGAUCGUCGGGAACCCUGUGUUUGACAACAUGGUGGCGCAGAAGCUUGUGGACGAGCCGGUGUUCUCCUUCUACCUCAGCAGGAGGACGAGUAGCACCGACCCAGAAGGAGAACUGACGCUGGGCGGAAGCAACGAGGCGUUGUACACUGGACCAAUCAACUGGGUGCCUCUCUCUGCUAAAGGAUACUGGCAGAUCAAGAUGGACGGUGUGGCGGUGCAGGGGGUGAACUCGUUUUGUCCCCACGGAUGCCAGGCCAUCAUCGAUACGGGAACGUCCCUCAUCGCUGGUCCAACAAAUGACAUCCUCAAUCUCCAGCAACUGAUUGGAGCCACGCCCACAAACAUCGGAGAGUUUCUUAUCGACUGUGUCAGAUUGUCCAGUUUGCCUCAAGUCACUUUCGUCCUGGGUGGGAAAGAAUACACACUGACAUCUGAGCAUUACGUCAGGAAGGAGAUGCUUGGAGUCCAGGAGUUGUGUUUCAGUGGUUUCCAGGCGGUGGACAUCUUUUCUCCAGAAGGCCCCCUGUGGAUUCUGGGAGAUGUAUUUCUGACAGAGUAUUACACCAUCUUCGACAAAGGACAGGACCGGGUCGGCUUUGCUCUGGCAAGACACCCGGCUGAACAGUAACCUCAUUAAUAACUGACAACUGCAUGAUCAAUAAAUAACAAACAAUUAAAACGAAUGUUGAGACCCAGCAACUAAUCCAAGUCAACUUUUUAUUUGAAAAAAAAAAAAAAAAAAAAGUGUGUUUAUCAGCAGCAACAGAUCGUGUUACAUUCAGGUCUUCAGGUACAUUCACAGAAACAUGAAGACAUUUUGUUCUCGACCCCUGAGAACCAGGUCCUUAGUGAAUACUACAUCCUGCAAUGGCCACUAGAUGGCGUCAGAGAAUAACCUGAUUUCUUUAAGUGGUUACAGCAUCUGUAGCAUUUUCCACAUUUAAACUAAUGUGCUUUGAGAUUUGUUCCUGACUAGAAGCUGUUGUUCUUCCCAUUUUAACCUCCUGAGACACAAGCGUUUCUCUGGAAUGCAUCUUAAUUUCUUUAAGAAAAGAUUAAGAUCUUUAGGUAUUUGGGAUUAAUACGACCUAAAAGUAUAAAAAAAAAAAUAACCAUCA